GUAACGACAUCAACCUUAAGGUAGUGACGCGCGAAGUUUCGUAGCUUCGCCCAGGAGACUGUCAACAACGCCCGACUAAAGCCCAAGAAUAAGAUUAAACACCGUCGUUACCAAGACUAGAGUCAACGCCAACACCGCGACCCCGAGGUCGCAACACCUGCCAGAGAUGGACCUGGCGAGGUUCAAGGAGCCGGGCGGCUUAUCAGGGGCGGCGUCCGGCGCCGAACAACCGCCAGCGUCAACGCAAGCAGCGGCUAAGCGCAACCGCCAGACCAAGGGCGGAGCGGCAGCUGCCGGGAAGAGCGAGAGCCUCGCGCAGUCCCCGCCAAGCAAACGUGGCCGGGCGGCAUCGGACUCUAAUUUAACUCAGCCUCCAGAACAAGAGCAAACCGAGGAGCCAGAGCGGCGCGGCGGGCGAUCAGGCGGGGGUGAGGCGGGGCCGUCUCGAGCACGCACCAGCGACCCGGGGACGGCCGGAACAGGCCUAGACCAGCCGCCAGAGCAAGGCCCCAGCGGGUGGCAGCGCGCAAAGACGCCCAGCCCGGGGGGGCUGCAGCAGCUACAGCUCACUGGAGAGCAGCAACCGGCAGAGGAACAGGAGCAACAGCAGCAACAGCGACCGGAGAUAGGCGAGGGCGGGGGCCCGCCCCCGGGCGUCCACAUCGGCCACCACCCGGAGUCAGAGCUAGAGCUGCCACCGGCCCCCCAGGCCCCGAUCCGGCCGGCGGCAAGCACUUCCCCGGCGCCCCGGCCCAAAGCCAAGGCCAUUGGAGAGCGGCUUGUUCUGCCCACCGCACUCGGUCUCCGGCUUAGGCAGGCCUUAACCCGCCAAGACGGCUGCGCGCGGCCACCAUUGGCGCCCACUCAAGCCGGCGCCCGGGCCGGCAGCGCGGGGGGAACCAAGCAGGGGGCCGCCGGGGCCGCAGGCCACGAGGUGGCGAGGCAGCCGACCUGGGACAGCCUCCUCCGGGGCUGCGAGGCGAGGCAGCCACCCCCGCCGUACACCCAGCUAGACGAUCUUCUACCGGAGGGAGGCGGAGGUAGCGAGCCCGGAAGGACCUCGAACGGGGGCAGCGCAGACCAGCAGCCAGUGGCUUCGGGUGCGGCCCUCAGCCCGGCGGAAGUGGCGGCCCGCUUGGAAUACCUAGAGGUGGAGCUAUUUACCGCGCGCGAGGAGAACGCCCAGCUCCGCGAUCGCAUGACCGACCUCAUCUACGUAACUCAGCGGGGCAUAGAGGGCGCCACGCAGAUCGCCCAGCAGGCCAUACAUGUGCAGCAAGCCGCGCAGGGGCGCUUGCUCUACCUCAGCAUGCAGGCGAGGGAGGCCCCCACAGACAGCGCCCGCGCAGCAGCGGACGGAGAACAGAGGCAGGACCGGGAGGGCGGGGGACGGGGCUACAUACAGACAGCAGCGCUCACGGUCAUGACCGCCCCGGAACUGUGGGGGCAGGCGAGGGAGGCUGUCCGCAGACGCGGAAGAGCCGCCGCCCGCGGAGGCGGCGCGGAACCGCCAGGACAACGAGGCCCGGACCCGGCCGCCACCGUGGUUCGACAGCAGGGGCCCAACCAGCGGCAGCGGAAGAGGGGGGCCUGCGGCCCAGGCGCCGCCGGGAGGGCUCGAUCGGUCAGCGGGGGCCGGUGCCGAGCCGCGAGGCGAAGGCGCGGGGAAGCGGGGAGCGGCGGCGGCGGACGUAGCCACGAGCCGGCCGCCAAACCCAGUGACCUUCCUAGAUCGCGCGGCGAAGGAGGUGGACCGGCAGCGGCAACGCAGGGCACGUGGGGAAGACUCGGAGGAGGCGCACACCGUACACCGCGACCGCCAUCGCGCGGCUGGAAAGAGAGCAAGUGAUCGAAGCCUACGUGACGUGGAAUUGGUUUCUGUACACGAGGAGAUGGGAGAACGGGGUGUGGGGCCGACAGAUUAUCCUGCUGCGGAUGUACGUGGGCGAGGGUCGGACAGCAUGGGUAGCCCCGGAACUAGUCCAGUGCGAGUGCAGGGGAGAGCGCACCCGGGGUCGCGGGCCGAGGGACACGGACCCUUUGAGAGCCAGCCCGCCCCAGCACAUCAUCAGCCCCAGAUAUAUUCAUUUCGGGGGACGUAGCGGAGGGGUGGUGUGACGAGUAGCGGUACGACGACGUGGGGGGCACGGAGAGAGGACCGACGUUGACGCAGAAGCGGACACUUGCUGCCCUAUUGUGAUGACACGCAGAGGCUGGACAACCGGAGACAUCAGUAUUUCAUACCGCAAAGUCCGACGAAGGAUGGGGCGGUACGGUUGGACGAGAGGGGCCUGCUUCCACCGGGCAGAAUGUACGACGAGGGUGGAGUACUGGGAGCACUGAGGCAGCGCCGGUUACGUGACGUACGCAGUGGUGGUGCGACUGGGGCGAGGAGCCAUGGCGCCGCGGAGCCCAGUGAGUCUCCACUACAGAGCCCGGGGUGACCAGUGGGAGGCGAAGAAGCGGGGACCAGAGGGGGAGGGGUUUGUGCACAAGCUGAGGUGGUGCACGCCGAGUGAGGUGUACGCCUGGCGCGAGGCAAUCCUGGCGGGCCUGCAGGUCCUGCUGGGCAGCGCCAGCGGGCGGAGCCGCGCGGACGCAUGUGUCUUGGAAGGAGGACUGUGUCGGAGGUGGCGUGCGAGGUAGGCAGAGACACGGAAGGGCAGGCGCAGACCCGGGAAAGCGGCCAAACAGCGACACUCAG